AUGUCGAAAGGCUGCUCCAUCUCGUCAGUAUCAAAGUCUGCCUUGCAGAAUAACCUGGGUAUCCGCAUACUCAUCGAGGACGCAAAGUCGCACACCCAAGAGGGCGGUCUAGUCAGUCCGACCCUGAGUCCUAACGAGUUCAACGAACUUUGGGACGAUGUUAGAGCCAAGGCGGAUACAGCUCAGGAAGCAACAGAAGAAUCAACACAGGAUCUCAGUAACCCCGAAGGUAGAAAAGGACUCCGGAAGCGAAGGGCGCGGACAAACGAGCGAGACUCCGAUUUUGUAGCUACCAAGCUAAAAGACAUCUUUGCUGCUGUGCGAGAUGACGCCCAGUUCACAGAGGCAGACCUUGAAGGCUUGGAUCGCUACCUUCCCCGCAAGAUUGUCGAGACCACUCGAGACCAAGCGCUAGAGUUUAUCAGUCGUGGUGAUGCGGAAGGCGCCUGUAAAUUGCUUGAAGACGCUCUCGCUGAAUUAAACAACCAGCUGGAGAAGCAGAAGCACGUCGACGCGACACCAUGGAAGGUCUCCAUGGCCGAGAUUCUGAUCGACCAGGGGCGGAGACAGGAAGCCCGAGCAGUCCUUUCCAACGUCGCGAGUCCCACCCGCAACGUGUCAGACUCCCCUGACCAUCAAGGCACAGCCUCAGAUGUUGAGUAUGCAAAGAUGAUGGAGAUGGCCCAAGUUGCGCAAGUUGAGGAAGAGCUUGAUCUUUGUCGGAGGGCAGAAGAUUGGGACAAGGUGCGAGAAGUUGCUCAAGCGUUGCAUGGCAUCGACCCCAGCUACUUCGAUCUGGAUAAGCCGAUGGAUCGCUUUGGCCAAGUCCGCCGCAUCCUCAACGCAGGCAUGCUGCAGGAAGCCAAAUACAAACAGGCUAGCGAUCCCCAGACCGGCUGUCUCCACCUCAUGAAAGCACUGGAAAUCUACAACCACGGCUGCUACACAUCGAAGGUCUUCAACGAGUUCUUCAACACUAGCGAAGCUACGGUGUCGGGCUUCGACCAUUCCGACUGCGCCAAUAUCUUCUUCUCCGCGGCGCGGGUCUGCCACCACUUCGACUCCAUAGGCUACCGCAUCAGCCCGAGAUUGUUCAGCUGCAAGGGUCCGAAUCUGACGUGUCAGGACUGGAAAGAUCAAGCACUCCACUUCCUGGAGCAAGGCAGGGCCAGGGCUCUGCUUGACUCGAUCAACCGGGGCCGCGUAGUCAACGAUGUGCGGCGUCGACUGAUCAAGAACAAUAUUUUGUUGCUCACCGAAGCAGCGGUCAAAGUCCUCCGGCAGCGUGGCUCCGCCAUGUCGUCGACCUACAGCUCCAGGGUCCCUUCGGUCUCUGCGGGCGUCCCGGUAUCCCAGCUGCCUAUGCUCACGAAGCUGGACUUCACUCGACGGAAUCAUGGCCACAGUCGCGCCGACUCGUUCGUGCAGCCAGAUCACUCACACACUGUCAGACAGUCGUUGACUUUGGCGACUAGCAACUUAUCCAACUCGACAACGUCCUCGCUGCCUGCUUCGCCGGCUGCGCCAACGCCCACGUUGACUAAAGAGGAGAACUCCCGUCUGCGAGUGCAGAUGAACUGGCGGAGGUGUCUGCUGGGGGUUCUCACUCAGGGACAGGUUGGCUCGUCCAGCAGCAUCGAAGACCUGCGGUCCCGCAUCCCGUCGGACACGCUCGUGGUAGAAUUCGCCCUCGCUUCACGCGCACCCUGCGGCAUCAUGGUGAUCAUCGCCGCAACGGAUGGGGUCAAGGCCGUGGAGUGGACAGAAACAAACACCGAAGAGAUCCGCAGAUGCAUCCGCAACCUGCGGGACUCCAUGCAGACAUUCGACGACCGCACAAGCCAGCCAGGCUCCCCUGAGGCUCCUCUCACACCUACCCUAAACCGCCGCGACUCCACCCUCUACCAAGAGCGCCUCGACGACCUCCUCCGCAAAUACGCAGUCGCCCCCGUCGAACCGCACCUCAAGGACAAGAAAAACCUCAUCAUCAUCCCCUCGGGCGACCUCGCCCACGUGCCCUGGCGCAUCUUCUUCGACCUCCCCACGACCGUCGUCCCCAGCCUCGAAAUCUGGACACGCCUGCAAUCCCAGUCCGCCUCGCCCCCUCCCUCCCCCAAGCUGUGCGCCAUCAGCACCGCGCCCGUCGACGCCGCAAAAGCCGCCGCCCACCUCCCCGGCUCCCUGCGCAACAUCCCCUUCUCCCGCAUCGAAGCGCUGUACCUGGCGCGCACCCACAGCACGACCCCGUUCCUGGCCGACAACGCCCCGCACGCCGCGCUCGCCGCGCACGCCCACGGCGCCACCGUGCUGCACAUCGCCGCGCACUCGUCGUUCGACCCGUCCGCGCCGCUCGCGUCCGCGCUCGACCUCGCCGCCCCGCCGCUGAGCAUCCGCCACUGGCCCGCGCUGCGCAUCGCGGCGCCGCUGGUCGUGUUUAGUGCGUGUCUGUCGGCGUACUCGCGCGCGUACGACUCCGGCGCGACGAUUGGGUUUGCGCACGCCCUGCUCGGCACGGGGAGUGCGUGUUUCGUGGGCAGCUUGUGGCGGGUCGACGACCGGGCUACGCUCUUGUUAAUGGUGCUGUUCUACGGCGCGUUGCGCGGCGGCAAGGGGGUUGCGGAGGCGCUGUGGGAGGCGCAGCGCGGGAUGCAGAAUCUGACGCCGCAGGGGCUGAAUGAGAUUGUGGAUGUGCUGGAGUGUGGGGGCGUGAGGGCGAAGGGGUUUGUGGUGGGCCAGGCGUUCUUGCUGCGGGAGUUGCGGGCGACGGAUGCGCGGGUGUGGCGCGAGGAGCGGUUCUGGGCCGCGUUUGUGGUCAUGGGGUAUGGCGCGGGGAGGGUGUAUCCUGGAUGUGAAGACGAAGAGGGGGAUGGAGUGGGGGAUUGGAGGUAG